AAGCUGCGUGUAAAGAGGACAGUCUCCUCUUCCUCUGUGAUUCUGAAACUGGUGAUGCAAGCGCUCCCGCCCUUUUCUGAGAACACAGAAAACCUGACUCAGGCAGGCAGCUGCGGCUAUUAAAACAGCGCCGGCCCGCACGCGUCCCCGCUGGGGUGAGGGCCACCGCCGCCGCCGAGCAACGAUGAAGCUAGCCAACUGGUGGGGGCUGAGCUCGGCUGUCCUUGCGGCUUAUGGCGUUUUGGUUGUGGCGAACAAUGAAACGGAGGAAAUUAAAGAUGAAAUGGCCAAGGAUGCCUGCCCGGUGAGACUAGAAAGCAGAGGGAAAUGCGAGGAGGGGAGCGAAUGCCCCUACCAGGUGAGCCUACCGCCACUGACCAUUCAGCUCCCGAAGCAGUUCGGCAGGAUCGAGGAGGUGUUCAAGGAAGUCCAGAACCUCAAGGAAAUGGUAAAUAACCUCAAGAAAUCUUGCCAAGACUGCAAACUGCAAGCUGACGACAGCCGAGACCCGGGCAGAAAUGGACGGCUGUUACCUAGCCCAGGAGCGCUAGGAGAAGCCGAUGACAACAGAGUUCGAGAAUUAGAGAGUGAGGUUAACAAGCUGUCCUCUGACCUAAAGAAUGCAAAGGAGGAGAUCGAUGUGCUUCAGGGUCGCCUGGAGAAGCUCAACCUUGUAAAUAUGAACAACAUAGAAAAUUAUGUUGACAGCAAAGUGGCAAAUCUAACAUUUGUAGUCAAUAGUUUGGAUGGCAAGUGUUCAUCUAAGUGUCCCAAUCAAGAAGAAAUACAGUCACGUCCAGUUCAACAUCUAAUAUAUAAAGAUUGCUCUGACUACUACACAAUAGGCAAAAGAAGCAGUGAGACCUACAGAGUCACACCGGAUCCCAAAAAUAGUAGCUUCGAAGUUUAUUGUGACAUGGAGACCAUGGGGGGAGGCUGGACAGUGCUGCAGGCACGUCUCGAUGGAAGUACCAACUUCACCAGAACAUGGCAAGACUACAAAGUAGGCUUUGGGAACCUCAGAAGAGAAUUUUGGCUGGGGAACGAUAAAAUUCAUCUUUUGACCAAAAGUAAAGAAAUGAUUCUAAGAAUUGAUCUUGAAGACUUUAAUGGUGUCAAACUCUAUGCCUUGUAUGAUCAAUUUUACGUGGCCAACGAGUUUCUCAAAUACCGUUUGCACAUCGGUAAUUAUAACGGCACAGCUGGAGAUGCCUUACAUUUCAGUAAACAUUACAACCAUGAUCUGAAGUAUUUCACCACCCCAGAUAGAGACAAUGAUCGGUACCCCUCUGGGAACUGUGGGCUCUAUUACAGUUCAGGCUGGUGGUUUGAUGCAUGUCUUUCUGCAAACUUAAAUGGCAAAUAUUAUCACCAAAAAUAUAGAGGUGUCCGUAAUGGGAUUUUCUGGGGCACCUGGCCUGGUAUAACUGAGGCACACCCUGGUGGCUACAAGUCCUCCUUCAAAGAGGCUAAAAUGAUGCUGAGACCCAAGCACUUUAAGCCAUAAAUCACUAAACUCAUUCCUCUGGGUAUUUAUUACCUAAUAGGGCAAUUAAUUCCUUGAGCACUUUGGAAUAUGUUUUAUACUCCUUUACUAUGACUAAAAAUUUAUCUCUAGGAAUAUGUUCUUAUGCUACACAGCAUUUGAAAUAAAGCUGAAAAAGCACACAUUUUAUAGGCGUCUUUUGUUGCUGUUAUACUGUUAUCCAGAUGAAUAUUUGCAAAGCAAUUGGGAGUGUUGAGAAUUACACAUUAGAUUUAUGAUUCCCUUAAUUUCUAUUAAUUGAAAGAUUUUCUAUUUACUUAUGUUACUUGCUAUAAUUAUGAAAUCAUUGUUUCUUUAGCAGGCUGGAUUUUUACACAAGUAAUCUGUAUUUUGAUUGUGAUUUAAAUACCUUUUUUUCAGGCUAUAGUCAGUUAUUGGCUCUUUAUGUCUCUAAAUACCUUAAUCCUCAUUCUGAGAUAAACCUUCUCGAUUUAUGGCAUUUCUUUUGGGUCAGGAAGACCCUACAGCAUUUUAGCUCCCAGACAAAGGGAAAUACAUGUAAUUAAACCUGUUCAUGUACUAUUUGUGAAAUGUAAAAUAUUUGUCAUUUAAAAUAUUUUGGUGGUAGCAUAAUGUCACUCCUAAAAGCAUUCAGAAAAUUAAUUCAACCUUAAAGACCAUGAUUUAAAGGUUAUUAAUUCACAGUUGAUAACUCUUUAGGUGUUGGAUGGUUAAAACUGCUUUACUAUAAAAAUUAGCUUCCUUUGCUUUGAUUGCACAACAGUUUUUAAUUUAAGAUUGCUCAUUACUGUGCAUGACUACUGGUAAGCUUUCUUUUGGAAGGGUAGGUGUGGGUGGGGAAUGAAGCAUUUAUUUAUAGACUAGAUUACUCUGAGGGCCAAAGCAUUUAUAUCCAAAGCAAUAUUUUCAUUAAGUGAUUCACUUCAUAGAAAGCUAAGUUUUAUAAGACAUAUGUAUUUUGAUAUAUAUAGAAUAGUAGUUCAAAUAUUAUGUAUAUCUUAACCCUAACUGGUGUAUUGCUUAUAUUUUUAUCAGAAAAUUUAAAUACAGGUGUUUAUUUUUUUUAACCAAACUAAAAUAUAUUAAGCUUUUAUAAUUCACUAAUUCUGGAGUGCAGACCAUUUUUUACAGAUUAUUAAAAAAAUAGUGUGUUAAAUUUAAUCAUUGUAAAAAAGGGAUCAUUUCAGAGAGAACAGUGGUAUUCUGUUGAACAUUUAAAAUAUACUCUAGAAUAAAAUUUGAAACAAUACACUAUAGUGUAUGUGAGUCAUAGAAAUGUAUUCAAUCUUUAAUUUCUAGUUUGUUUCUACCAUAGUAACUCAAAAUAUACUCAAAAAGAUGCAACUUUACUCAUAAUUUGAAAAUAAUUAAGGAUAGUAGCUUUAGGAAACAAAGUAACUUUUCAAAUAUUGCCCUUUAUAGAAAAUUCUAACCAAAAAGAAGCAAGAUACUCUUAAAAAUAUAUGACAUACAAAGUUUUCAGGUACACAUGAUGAAAAUUAAGUUAUUAUGAAUACUAUUAAAGUAUUAAGGCAAGAGAAAUGCAAAGAGAAUUGUGACAGCCAAAAUACAAAAUAUCAUGGUACAUUUCAAAAGCUUCAUAUCUACUCAAUAGUAUAACAGAUGUAAAUGUAACUGAUUUACACUUUUAUUCUUUUUUGUUUUUUUAAAAAAAGAUUAAGAAGAUUUUUAUUUUAUACAAUGUAUUUAUUUCACAUAGAAUUUUCAUUUACUAUAUGUAAUUGUUGAUAUAUGCAUAAGUUUAAGUCAAUUCCCAUGAUCAAAAAUGGACUCAUGAAGCAGGAUCUGAUCCUCUCAAACUUCUAUUUCUCACACUGAAAAAAGGAAAAUAUACGGACUCUU